CCCGGCCUUCCUGGAGGCGGUGGCGGGGGAAGAGGGAGCUGGAGGACGGUUCUUGGUCCUUACUGCUCUGAGGAUGUUUCAGAUGGUCCCAGAUACAUCGUCUUACGUCAAGGUAAGACAUGACAUCGUCUUUAAACAGGAGGCUCUUUCGGUGGUAAGCGACGACCAAUCACUCUUUGACUCAACGUACGGAGCCGCGGCGACACAGCUGCCGAAGGCCGACAUGACUGCCUCAGGGAGCCCGGACUACGGUCAGCCCCACAAGAUCAACCCCCUCCCACCCCAGCAGGACUGGAUCAACCAGCCCGUCAGGGUCAGCGUCAAGCGCGAGUAUGACCACAUGAAUGGAUCCAGGGAAUCUCCAGUGGAUUGCAGUGUGAGCAAAUGUGGCAAGCUGGUGGGCAGCGGCGAGACCAACCCAAUGAACUACAACUCAUACAUGGAGGAGAAGAACGGCCCACCCCCACCUAAUAUGACCACCAAUGAGCGGAGAGUCAUCGUCCCUGCAGAUCCCAACCUCUGGACCCAAGAUCAUGUGCGCCAGUGGUUGGAAUGGGCGAUAAAGGAAUACGGACUUUUGGAGAUCGACACGACCCUUUUCCAGAACAUGGAUGGCAAGGAGUUGUGUAAAAUGAAUAAGGAGGACUUCCUCCGAACCACCUCCCUCUACAACACGGAAGUGCUGUUAUCUCACCUCAGUUACCUCAGGGAAAGUAGCUCACUGUUGGCCUACAACACUCCUUCUCACACAGACCAGUCUCCGCGACUGACAGCCAAAGAAGAGCCUUCUUAUGAUGCAGUGAGGAGAUCAGGAUGGAGCAAUAACAUGAAUUCAGGCCUCACCAAAAGUCCUCCCAUCGGAGCUGCACAAAAUAUGAACAAGAGCACAGAACAGCAAAGGCCCCAACCAGAUCCCUAUCAGAUCCUGGGGCCAACCAGCAGUCGCCUAGCAAACCCAGGAAGUGGGCAGAUCCAGUUGUGGCAGUUCCUUCUUGAGCUACUCUCAGACAGCUCCAAUGCCAACUGCAUCACCUGGGAGGGCACCAACGGUGAGUUCAAGAUGACGGACCCUGACGAGGUGGCGCGGCGCUGGGGCGAGCGCAAGAGCAAGCCCAACAUGAACUACGACAAGCUCAGCCGGGCCCUGCGCUACUACUAUGACAAGAACAUCAUGACCAAAGUCCAUGGCAAGCGCUACGCCUACAAGUUCGACUUCCACGGCAUCGCUCAGGCGCUGCAGCCCCACCCCACCGAGUCCUCUCUGUACAAGUACCCUUCCGACCUCCCUUACAUGCCCUCCUAUCACCCCCACCAACAGAAGGUGAACUUUGUCUCCCCCCACGCCUCCUCCAUGCCCGUCUCCUCCUCCAGCUUCUUCGGAGCCGCAUCCCAGUACUGGACUGCCCCCUCGGGGGGCAUCUAUCCCAACCCGAGCGUCCCCCGCCACCCCAACACCCACGUCCCCUCACACUUGGGCAGCUACUACUAGAAGCCGGGCAUCCUCAGUGGCCUCGUGCCAACAUGAGCUCACGGACUUCCUGGGACCAGCGGAUCUCUCUCUGAUGGAGCCCAAGGGGACUUGGAUUGCAGCACAAAACUGGAAUCUUUAUUAUUAUUAUUAUUGUUGUUGCUGUUGUUGUU